UAUUUCGUUGUUUUGAACGAAACCACUGCGCAUGUCCAAUUUGAGAAAGACUAUGUUCCUGUUUUGUUUUCUCCGUGACCAAGACGAAACUUCACAGGUCGUAAAAUAACAGAGCGUUUAUAAUUCAGCCGAGAGAAUGUCUACAGUUAAAAAGAACCCCGGCCACAGAUGCCGUAAACGCAAAGUUCACGACCCCCAGCUUAUAAUAGAUGCCAUUCAGGAAGUAAAGUCAGGACGACUGUCUAUCAGAAAAGCUGCCAAACAGUUUCAAAUUCCAGCGUCAACGCUUUUUAACAAACUUACGUGUAAAUCUUUGCCUGAAGCCUCGAAGAUGCUUUUGACGAUGAAAGAGGAAGCCCAGCUGGCGAAAUGGCUUGUGGACUUGUCUCAACUCGGAGUUGUCAAGACCAGCGAAGAGGUUAGGCUAGCAGCCCGUGACAUAAUGGCUCAAAGAAAUGCCUCAUCGAAAAGCCGCAAUCAGUUGCCCUCCUACACGUGGCUCGCCGGAUUCUACGGCCGGCAUCCGGAGCUGGCUCUUGGAAUAGAAAGGGGGAUGAUCACGCCUCAAGAACUCAGUCAAUGGUUCUCAGAUUUUAAAGCAGCAGUCGAUGGAAAUGAUGUUAGUAUUUGGAACUGUCCUGAAAGAAUUUUCGGUGCUAAUGAGCUGGUAUUUACAUUUAAUGCCAAAAACAGAACCAUCGGUGCAUGCAGAAGAUCUAAGCACGUUUACAAGAUGUCCUCGAAAAGCAAAGCUCGUGUGACGGUGCUGGCGUGUGCUAGUGCAGGGGGGCAUUAUAUCCCACCCUUGUUAAUUUACCCAUAUAAACGAAUGCCUUCCAAGAAUCGCUUAGAGCACUUUCCAGAAGCCUCUCUUCAAGUUUCUGAAAAUGGGUGCAUUAAUGCUACAAUAUUUAACACAUGGAUCCACGAUAGUUUCAUACCUGCGACUCAAGAUCUUCCCAAACCAGUCGUCCUCCUGGUGGACGGGCACACGAGCCGCACCUCCCUCAUUGAAACAUCGCAGCUGUGUGCUCGGAACCAAAUCAUUUUAUAUCGGCUCCUACCCCAUGGGAGUCACCUUAUUCAACCAUUGGACCACGCCUUCUUUGGGGCCAUAAAGCCAGCAUGGUCCGAAGCCAUGAGAACGCAUAAAUCAUUGACUGGAGAAGACAUGAAGUUGGAGUCCUUCGCACUUAUUUUCAAUCCAGUGUGGAAACUAGUAGCUAAUCCUGACAUAGCUGCAGAAAGCUUUUCAACUGUGGGAAUAUAUCCCUUUAACCCAGAAAAAAUAAUUAAGUCAGGGAAAAUUGACCCAAGCAGCGUAUAUCAUGCCACUGAUUCUGAUAGCCCAGAUCCCAAAGAUGCCUCAUCCUUGACCAUAUCACCCAAGGCACUCACAUCACCAGCAGCCUUGCCAUCAAUCAAUCCACUAGAAGGCCUUACAUCUGUGAUAACAUCCACAUCUCUCGAUUCGAAUGAAGCAUCCUCACCCAUCUCACUUCUCAUAGAAGCCUCCUUGGUAAAUGUUGCACCCAAGAGUCGUGCACUUCCAGAGACAUCAGCAGGGAACAUCACAUCUGAGACCCCUGCCCUCCCUGAAGCAUCUUCAUUGAACACCCUAUCUAUGGGCCCUGGCACAUCGUGGAGCAUCCCAGCAGAGAGCACCAACCUACGCGAACCAUCCUCUUCAUUAUCCUCACCAUCUCAAGCUCACACUUCAAAUAAAACAUCUACCACUAGCAUGCAAUUUCAGACCCCAACAACAUCGAAUGCAUCCACCCCGAAAGAAAUGACGAGCCAGCGGUUGAAAGCCCUUAAAGAUUUAUGUUUCUUUGUAGCAGACGAAAUUUCACGCCAACAACUUGUAAAGUUUUUAACCAAAUUAUCUGACUCUCAAGCUGAAGAUUUUUCGUAUCCAAAAGAUGAAAGCCAGUUUCACAAAUUUGAAGAAUUAUCUCAUGCCCUCCUAGAUCUUUGCCACCAAGACCCACCAACCAAAGCAAAAAUUACUGAAGAUGAUAUAUUUAAAAUAGGCCUUCCAUCAUUCAAGGUGAAAAUAAAUACUAGUUCCACGCCCACUUUACCGAGUCUAGUCAACGGCGAAGAAUGUAUAGAAGAAUGUAUAGAAGCACCUGUACUUAGGAGAACAUUAAAAGACAAAGAUGACAUAGAAAAGGAAAAAAUGUGCAAAAAACUGCAAAAGGAAGAGAAGAGAAAGAAAAAGGAAGAAGAAAAGGAACAGAAAAGGUUGCUUCGGGAGACCAAAAAACUGGAGAGGCAAAAAAAGAAAGAGAAACAACCCAAGAAGAAGCUAAAGCUGAGGCCAGAGUCAGAAGACAUUGACAGUGACGAGGACCCUGUCCUGGCUGUACGAAUGGAAGCUGAAAUGACUGCUUGCGAUGACUAUAGAACAGACUCUGAAGAUGACCUGCCGAACGAUCUCUGCAAAGGGUGUAACAAGAGGGACGGGACUCCUAUGAUCCAGUGUCAAAUUUGUGAUACCAGGUGGCACACGAGUUGCGCCAAAACUGUACGAGGGUUGAGCCCAGAGCAGCUGAAAGAGGUUUGUUACGUUUGCUUUAAGUGUUGCCCUCGCUCGUAAGUUCACUUUGAGUUGAGUGCUAAGACAUUUCUCACUGUUGACUCACCUUGAAUUGAGUUCUAAGACAUUUCUCACUGUUGACUCACUUUGAAAAGACAUUUCUUACAGCU